CAGUGUCCGUGGCCGCCGCACCUUCGGCAGGCCUCAUGGGGAUUUGCAAUGUGUGUCGUUCUCCGCGGCCUCUGUGUUGUGUUUGGCGGUCUCCACACCGUGUUCGCUGGUUGUAUCUGUUGCUGCUGUGGUGGCGUCCAUUGGCCUCCUCGUGGUGCUCCUUUUGCCUGCUGUCCCGUGACUCGUUGCGGCGGUGAAAAUUGGUCAUUUCUCCGUGUCUCCUGGCUAUCUGUCUCCUCGCAUCUUCUGCACGUGACCUGCGUUGGUCGUGACGACUUUGCCUUUGAGAACUUAUUUUCUUGGGCGAACGCUUCCCGCUCCUUUUCCAGUUCUUCGUAUUCAUCGGCUAAUAGCAUCAACGUGUCCCGGUCGGGCACUUUGUACGCCCUUAGGAAGAUCCUUCGGCUUGGGGUGCAGUUUUCCUUUAUGAUCUUUAAGGUGUCUCUCGCAGAAUAGUUUAGUGGCCUCGACAUCGUCUGCAUGUCGAACAUGUAGUCUUUAAAUGACUCAUUGAAACCCUGCUUUCGUUGCCUGACCUGAUCCGACAGCCUUGUAAAGAAAUCUCUCGGCAGAAAGUAAAGUUGGAAGCUCUCAAUGAACUCCGCCCAGGGUUUCCAUUGCUUAUUGUUGGCGGCUUAUCGCCUUUAACGCGCUUCCUUUCAGCAACUCCGGCAUUGCUCGGGGGAUCAUGUCAAGGUCUAAGCCGUAGGUGUUGGCUGACCAUUCAACUUGUUCCAGGAACUCGAACGGUUUCUCCGCCCCGUCGAACCUGAAUGACCACUCGGGGACUUGUUUAGCGACCCUUGCAUAAUCCGCCUGGCUGUGUCUAGAGGUCAGCACCGUUGUCUUCCUGUCCUGGCUUGACUCUCUCCUGUGAGCCUCCCUUUGCAAGUUGUCGACGCUUAAGCUUGCUACUAGGUUAUCCCCUUCAGCGUUAGUUAGCGUGAUACUCGGGCCGGUUCUGUCGUAAUACAUGGCUCCCAGCUCAACCCAGAUGUCGGCAAGUUGUGGGUCGUUCUCUGUCUCGGAGUAAUACUCCGACAAUGUCCUCCUCAUGUCCUCUAAUCUACCGU